CCUACUGCCGCCGUCGCUGUCGCCGCCCGCCGUCUCCGUCGCCUCGGGCCGCGACUCCCGACCGGAGGCUCUGCUCGCCUCUCAGCCUUCUCAGGCCUUUCCCGCCCUUCGCCCCGCCGGCCGCCGGCGCCUGGCUUCGACGCGGGGUCGCGAAGAUGGAGGUGCCGCGCCUGGACCAUGCCCUCAGCAGCCCCAGCAGCCCCUGUGAGGAGAUCAAGAACCUCAGCCUGGAGGCCAUCCAGCUGUGCGACCGCGAUGGUAACAAAUCACAAGACAGCGGCAUAGCAGAAAUGGAAGAACUCCCUGUCCCACAUAACAUCAAAAUAAGUAACAUCACAUGUGACUCCUUCAAGAUCUCAUGGGAGAUGGACUCGAAGUCAAAGGACCGCAUUACACACUAUUUCAUUGACCUCAACAAGAAAGAGAACAAGAAUUCUAAUAAAUUUAAACACAAGGAUGUUCCAACAAAAUUGGUGGCAAAAGCGGUUCCCUUGCCAAUGACUGUUCGUGGACACUGGUUUUUGAGCCCAAGGACUGAGUAUACAGUAGCGGUGCAGACUGCCUCAAAACAAGUUGAUGGUGAUUAUGUUGUGUCUGAAUGGAGUGAAAUUAUAGAAUUCUGUACAGCAGAUUACUCAAAAGUUCAUCUAACACAGCUGCUGGAGAAGGCUGAUGUGAUUGCGGGACGCAUGCUUAAGUUCUCUGUGUUCUAUCGGAACCAGCACAAAGAGUAUUUUGACUAUGUUAGAGAACACCAUGGGAAUGCCAUGCAGCCUUCUGUCAAGGAUAAUAGUGGCAGCCACGGCUCACCCAUCAGUGGGAAAUUAGAAGGCAUCUUCUUCAGCUGCAGCACUGAGUUCAACACAGGGAAGCCACCCCAGGAUUCACCGUAUGGAAGAUACAGGUUUGAGAUUGCAGCAGAAAAACUUUUCAACCCCAAUACUAACUUAUACUUUGGGGACUUCUACUGUAUGUACACUGCUUAUCAUUAUGUGAUUCUUGUCAUUGCCCCUGUGGGAUCACCAGGAGAUGAAUUCUGUAAGCAGCGCCUUCCUCAACUCAAUUCCAAGGAUAAUAAGUUUCUGACCUGUACGGAAGAAGAUGGGGCGCUGGUGUACCACCACGCCCAGGAUGUCAUUUUAGAAGUCAUUUACACUGACCCCGUGGCUCUUUCUCUGGGCACCGUGGCAGAAAUCACUGGUCAUCAGCUCAUGAGUUUGUCUACUGCAAAUGCAAAGAAAGACCCCAGCUGCAAAACCUGUAACAUCAGUGUUGGACGUUAAAGCCACUUUCGUACCCUCCCCUGCAGUGUCUUCCCAUAGGAGCAUUGCCCUCUGUUGUUCAUUUUCAUCACCAGAUGUCCCACUGAAGCAUGCAUAUGCCGCUGUCACAAAAAGCAAACUAUCAUUCAGAGCCUUUCUGUGUCUCUUCUGGCCCACUCUGUCCACCACUUCCAAGGAUGUCCCCAGGUUGUCCUGACACUUUGUUUGCCUAGAUGCUGCAAUGCUUUUAUGUUUCCUUUAUGCCAAACAUAACAAGACAGUUAUCUAGACCGCUUUAGCAAAGUACAAAAUAAUGGCUUCUAAAUGGUGUUUAAAUAUGCAUCCAUUUAAUCUACUGAAUAAAUAUUGGGAUAACUCCAAACCGCAUGAAAGGUGUAAUUGCAGCAUGAGUUAAAUCUUAAAGCCUAGAUUGCCAGCACUUCCACCUUGUUGUUUGACAGUGUUAUUUAUGUUAUUUAUAUUAGCUAACAGGAAAGUUACUGUGCUUCAACAUAAUAAAUAUAAUAGAAAAAUAUUUUAUUUGUAUGUUGUAUAAAAUAUUUACAAUCAUAUAGAAUAUAGUUACAUUUUAAUAACAGUUGUAUACAGCUCACGAAACCAUUUCCCUUAUCAAAGAUGUAAUUUGUAAACCUUAAAUAGUUGUGUAUCUGUCCUGUUACAAGUAGAUGACUUCAAUUAAACAAAUUUAUGAAGGCCGCUACUCUGAUUCAUCAAAGAUUUAAAACAUCAGGUGACUACAGAGAAAACAAUAUGCCUCUGAUAUAGUCCGCUUCUGGAAUCAGUAUCUUUUUCUGCCCAAGCAAUAUAAAAAAUCUGAGUUUCUUCAACACCAUGCUUAAAAAUACAGAAAACAGAAAUAGGAACAAAGUUGAAAGUGAGAAAAUGUCUGUUACUUGAUUUUACAAAAACCAAACCCAAUAAAUGUGUUUUAAAUGAAUGGAGAAAAAGCUAGAUCACUAAAAAGUAAAUAAAAGGUGUCUUGGUGAUUUCCAAGCUUUUGACCCUGUGCAGAAUGAAUGCAACUCAAGAAAGUUGUUUCACUUUAUAAAGUACAGACCUUGGAACAUUAGGAAAGAUGCAUAUUUCCAAUGGAAAAAUAGUUAUAUAAUCUUAGUGUAGGAAACAAGAAAAUUAUCAAUAAUACUAUGGUCACAUUGAGUUAUUAUACUGCAGACACACCUAUCCAAAAUACCUAUUUUAAAUUUUUAAUAUUUUAUUUUAAUAUAAACAUUUGUCAGUUAUAGACAAAGAUAAUUCACAAAGUACAUGCCAUCCAAAUGAACUUUGGUAACCAGAAAUGUAACUGUUCAAAUAACAGAUCAGAUAAUGCACUAUUUUCAUGUAGAAGUAAGAGAUUAGUGACACAGUCGGGUGUACUUUAGGGUGUUUAGAACGUCUACAGACAUACAGGACAAGGUAGUGGAUGUUGUCUCGUUUAAAUUACCUUCUUAACAGCUGUUUUUCUCCCUGGAUGAAGAGCAGAAGUUUUCCUUGUCUCACAGUUAAUUUAAACCCUGUUCUUUUCCAUACAUCAAUGAGGUCAAUCUUUGGGCACGAAUAAACCUUCCCUAGCAGGUAA